AUGUCCCAACUCCUCGCCAUCGUCGGCGCCACCGGCCAACAAGGCGGUUCCGUCGCCAACUUCGUCCUCUCCGACCCGGUCCUCUCGGCGCGCUACAAAGUCCGCGCCCUGACCCGCGACACCACCAAGGAGGCCGCCGACGCCCUCCGCGCCAAGGGCGCCGAAGUCGUCCAAGCCGACCUCGAAGACCCGGCCUCGCUCAAGGCCGCCUUCGCUGGUGUCGACACCAUCUUUGCUGCUACCAAGACUGUCUACGACGAGCAGGCUAAGGAGCGCGAGUUGCGCCAGUCAAAGGAUGUGGCCGAUGCGGCUGUUGCCGCCGGCGUGAAGUUUAUUGUGUACUCGUCCGAGGUGCACUGCGAGACGGUGUCGGGCGGGAAGUACCCUGUUGCGGCGUACGAUUCCAAGAACGAGGCUGAGCAGUACAUCCGCACUCUGCCGGUGAAGUCGGCUUUCUACUACCCCGCGACGUUCAUGCAGAACCUGGCUGCUAUGAUGGCGCCCCGUCCGGUUCCCGACUCCCCCGGUGUGUACGCCAUCGCCAACAUCUUCGCUGGUGACCGGCCCUACCCCUGGUUGGACGUCGUUGCCGAUGCGGGCAAGUUCGUCGGUGCGAUCCUGGCCGCGCCGGAGAAGUUCGACGGCAAGGUGCUGUACGCUGGUGCCGAGCUGGCGACGAUGGACCAGAUUGCGGAGAAGAUCUCCAAGCAGACUGGCAAGACGGUCAAGUAUGUGCUGAUGCCGGAGGAGAAGUUCCGCGCGUACCUGCCGCCUGCGGCCGCGGACGCGAUUGUGAACAUGUUUUUGUUCUGCUCCGACUUUGGGUACUAUGGUCCUGACUCGGCGAAGCUGUUGGAGGAGACUGUUGCGCAGGUGCCGUACAAGCUGACCAGCUUGGAUGAGUACAUUGCGGCGAAUGUUAAGCUGGCUUAG